GCCUGGCGGACUUGCUUCAAAGAGGCAAGAGGCACGGCGCUGCAGAGCCAUGUUCAGGGCGGGUAUAGACGAAUCGGAGCCGAGCGUCGAGGCAUAGAAGAGGGACGACUGCCGUGAUGGAUUUUGACGAGAGGGUUCCGGUCGGAUCGAACAUGUAUCUACCCAGCUGCACCUACUACGUGUCGGCGGGGACUGACUUCUCCGCGCUGCCUUCUUUUUUAUCCCAGAGCCCGUCCACCCGGCCCAUGACGUACUCGUACUCGUCGAACCUUCCGCAGGUCCAGCCUGUCAGAGAGGUGACGUUUAGGGAGUAUGCAGCAAUAGACGCGUCAAGUAAAUGGCCGCACCGGGGCAAUUUGGCGCAGUGCUACCCCGGCGCGGAGGACAUGGUGCACCGGGACUGUCUGUCGGCGCAGACCGCCGUCGUGGGCGACAUGUUCGGCAAAGGCAGCCCAGCUUCCGCCGCGUACCACCACCACCACCACCACCACCACUCCACCGCCGGUUCCUCCAAUUUCUACGGCAACGUGGGCAGAAAUGGCGUCCUGCCGCAAGCGUUUGACCAAUUUUACGAGACGGCGUACGGCACCCAGUCAGAGAGCCCCGUUGCUCACGGCUACACGGGGGACAAAACGCAGAGCAAGCAGCCCGGCUCGGCUGCGGAGGACGCGGCGUCGUGCCGGGACUCUGAAGCCAAGGAUCCUCGGGAGGAGACGAGCAGCCCGGAGCUGUCUUCCGGCAACAAUGAGGAGAAAUCCAGCAGCAGUGGCAGCAGCAAUGGACAGAGGACCCGCAAGAAAAGGUGUCCGUAUUCCAAAUACCAAAUCAGAGAACUUGAGAGAGAAUUCUUUUUCAGCGUCUACAUUAACAAGGAGAAACGCCUGCAGUUGUCUCGGAUGCUCAACCUCACCGACCGCCAAGUGAAGAUCUGGUUCCAGAACCGUCGCAUGAAGGAGAAGAAGCUCAACAGAGACAGAUUGCAAUAUUACACAUCCAACCCUCUGCUUUAGUCCCAGACAGGUCUUUGAUGACGGACUCAGGCUGUGAUGGUUGUUGCACCACCACAAUGGCCGCGACAGGAGCACUAAAGACAACAGUGGUUAAUUUCAAGUUCUCAGACACCUAAAUGGCCAAUAUAGCGAGCUUGAAUGAAGACUUUGCUUCAAUGGACUUUUAUUGUACUUUUCAGGCUCUUAUUUUUUGGAUGUAUUGCGUGUGUGAGACAAAAGUCAACCAUUCUAUGCGCAAUAUUGUGAUUCAUGCUUUUUUUUUUAAGUUUUUAAUCUGACUGAACCAGUGUAUUUUGUUAUAAUAAAUGUAAUUAGAUUUUUUGUUGUUGUUGUUGUUGUUGCAAAAUCACACAUUAGGAGGCGUUAAUAAGUGAAUCCGUGCAAACAUUGGUGCGACCAAACGUGUUCAAACGAAUGAGAAUGUAACGUAAUGUUUUAUUGUGUGUCUAUUUAUUUUGUAGCCACUCGUUUACUAUCUUUUCAUUUCACAGUCUGUAUAACAAGCAGGUUAAUUGUGUUCCUUUUUUCUUGAGGAUGAAGUAUUUAUACCCAGUUAUCUUUUUAAUAUACCCAAAUCCACAAUUACCAUUUGAUUGACAUUUUUAGUAGACUUUUUAGUCAAAUGCUGCAGGCCUAACCAGACAUAAGCUCGUCCACUGGAUUCACGGGGAGUUGCACUGAGAGGUACACGCCCAAAACACAGGUAUAAACAUCCGGUUUUUGUUGUUUAGUUCCUUGACUCGGAAUCGUUUGGUUCUUUCAGUCACACACACCAUCUGAAUAUUAAUAUAUUUUUUAAAAUAACAUUUAGGACGAAAAGCUGGUCAGGGUCAACGCAUUGAAUCUCCUGCUUGUUAUACUC